GAGGGUGCUGCUAAAGGAAUUUGCAGAGAGCAAGCUAGCAAAGGACAGAGGGAAAGGUGGAGCAAGCCGGUUACCUCAUAAAGCCAGAGAAAGAAAGGAAGGGUGUUGCCUGCAACCCACCUGAACAACUUGUGUAAAAGAGGAGGGACCAGACACACACUGACUCUUAAACACAAGUCGUAUCUGGAGGAAUAUUCAGUCGAUUUUGCACAGCACAAAGUGGGAUAGGAGGGGGACGUUUUCCUGCGAGCACAAGAGGAUUGCCUGUUGCUUGGAUUUGUGAAGACGCAGGUGGAAAACAGGUUCUUUUCCCCUUUUUCGGUUAAUCAUUGGACAACAGGGAGAGUAUUAAGGAUUUUCUUUUUGGGAACUUUGCUGUUUCUGUGUGGACUCUGGGACUUGGAUUGGGAAACAACUAAGAGACUGAAAUGGGAGGAUGGGCUCGGCGUCUCGCUGUGGGGAUCUACAUUCUCAUGCUUGCUGUGACAGUCAGUCGUGCUAAUGAGGUGAACCACUGUACCGCUGCCAGGACCAAAACCUGCUCGGAAUGUAUUCAGAUCGGCACAGGAUGUGCAUACUGCCCUGAUGAGAUCUUUGAGUACGAGCGUUGUGACCUGAAGGAAAACUUGAUGGCCCGUAAAUGUAGUCGGAUGGUAACAGUUGAGAGCUCCAGGAAAAUUGAAAAGAACGAGCAAAUCGAUGAGUUAAAACCGCACUCUCAGGUGUCCCCUCAGCAAAUGCGCAUGACGCUUCUCCCCGGGGAGGAGAAGGAGGUGGAGAUGGAAGUGUUUGAACCGGCCCGUGGCCCUCUGGACCUCUACAUCCUCAUGGACUUCUCCAACUCUAUGUCUGACGAUCUGGACAACCUGAAGAGAAUGGGAGAUAAGCUGGCUGAGCUUGUUGGCCAUAUCUCUGAUGAUUACACCAUCGGAUUUGGCAAGUUUGUGGACAAAGUCACCGAGCCUCAGACAGACAUGAGGCCAGCCAAAUUAAAAGAGCCGUGGGACAACAGUGACCCUCCGUUUUCAUUCCGUAACGUCAUCAGACUCACCAGCAACAUCACCUUCUUCAGACAGCAGCUCCAGGGAGAGCGCAUAUCUGGCAACCUGGAUGCCCCUGAGGGGGGUUUUGAUGCCAUCUUACAGGCCGCUGUCUGCCAGCAACAGAUCGGCUGGAGGCAACACAGCACCCACUUGCUUGUCUUCUCCACUGAAUCGGCUUUCCAUUAUGAGGCAGACGGUGUCAACGUGCUUGCGGGCAUCUUGGACCGUAACGAUGAGCAAUGCCAUCUGACUUCAGAUGGAAAGUAUACGCAUGACGUUAUUCAAGACUACCCAUCUAUACCGACCCUAGUGCGACUUCUGGUGAAACAUAACGUCAUCCCAAUCUUCGCCAUUACCAACCAUUCCUACUCAUACUAUGAGAAACUGUAUGAAUACUUCCCUAUUGCUGAGCUGGGACAGUUACAAGAAGAUUCCUCCAACAUCCUAACCAUUUUAGAAAAUGCUUUUGAGAAUAUUCGUUCCAAGAUCAGUAUCCGUGCGGAGGACAGACCAAAGGCGGUGGAAGCCAAGAUUCUGUCUCAGUCUGGCACUUCAUCUGAAUAUGGCAGUUUCAAAAUCACACCAGGACAAAUUGGUAAAUUUAAAGUCAAUUUAAAGGCUCUUAAUAAGGUGGGAGAGGAUCAUGUGUGUAAGGCCAAACAGGAAGACCGGGCAGGAACCUUGAGGGUCAAACCCACCACUUUUAGCUCCGCACUUAGCAUCAAGGCUGAAGUGCUCUGUGAGACAUGUGACUGCGAAAAUACCCCGGUUAAAAAUGCCUUGCGCUGUAAUGGCCAUGGUGAUCUUGUCUGUGGGAAAUGCCAGUGUUCUGAAGGAUGGUUAGGCCCUUUCUGCAACUGUUCAAUGGGGGCCUCCACAGACUCUGCCAUGUGCAUCCAACCUGGGAAGAGCGAGCCGUGCUCGGGCAGAGGAGACUGCAUGUGUGGGACCUGUGUGUGCUAUAACCCAAACCAGUUUGAAGGGCCCUUCUGCCAGUUUGACAAAUCUCAGUGUCAGAGAUUUGGUGGAUUUCUCUGUAAUGAACGUGGAAGCUGCAGUAUGGGCCAAUGUGUGUGUACACCAGGCUGGUCUGGAGAUGCCUGUGAAUGUCCCAUCAGCAAUGACUCAUGCCUGGACAGCAGAGGGGGCAUCUGCAAUGACCGUGGUGUGUGUAAAUGUGGUCGUUGUGAGUGUGAACACUCUGGACUUCCACUGAGCCCCACUUGUGAAGCAAACUUCCAGCAACAAUUGGGCAUGUGUGAAGCCAAGAGGAGCUGCGUUCAGUGCCAAGCCUGGAACACUGGUGAGAGAAAAGGACGGAAAUGCGAUGAGUGCCCCUUUAAAGUCAUUAUGGUGGAAGAGCUUCAAGAAGAUAAAAACGUGAUAGAGACGUGCAGUUUUCGUGAUGAAGAUGACGACUGCACGUAUCACUACACUGUGAAUUAUCCAUCAAACAACACAGACAAAGAACACAGAGUCCUUGUGAAGAAAAAGAAAGACUGUCCACCUGCAGGUUUCCUGUGGUUGAUUCCUCUCAUUAUGUUUCUGAUGCUAUUGCUUGGUUUGCUUUUGCUCUGCUGCUGGAAAUACUGCUCCUGCUGUCAGGCGUGUCUUGCUCUUCUCCCAUGCUGUGGCAGAGGUCGGACGGUGGGAUUCAAAGAAGACCACUAUAUGCUACGUCAGUCUUUGUUGACCUCUGAUCAUUUGGAUACCCCAAUGGUGCGCAACGGCCCACCCAAGAGCACAGACAUCGUGCGCUGGAAAGUGACGGAUAAUGUUCAUCGAGGACCAAACCACCCCCAGAACCAAAUCAAACCCAACCCCAAUGAAACCAUCCAGUACCCUGUCUCUCUUCGUCUAAACCGUCAAUAUUCAGAAACUCUUUCCCAGCUUGAGGCUCGGGACACAGAUGUGCUCAGACGAGAAGUAGAGGACAACCUCAAUGACGUGUUCCUGCAGAUCCCUGGCGCACAGAGAGUGCAAAAGACUCGUUUCAGGACACAAAGAAAUUCUGGAAAAAGGCAGAACAACACAAUUGUGGACACAGUUUUAACUGCCCCUCGGGCCAGUUACCCAGAUAUUGUGAAAUUGACCGAAAAACAGGUUCAGUCUGGAAACUUCCGAGAUCUGAAGGUCGUUCCAGGCUACUACACCGUAGCUACUGACAGAGAAGCGGCAGGUGCUGUGGAGUUUCAGGAGGGCGUGGAGUCGGUGGAUGUCCGGGUUCCCCUGUUCGUCAAAGAUGAGGAUGAUGAAAAGAAGGAGCUGCUCGUGCAAGCAGUUGAUGUUCCAUUUGGAAUUGCAAAGAUUGGCAAAGAUCAUGUCAACAUUACAGUGAUUAAAGAACAUGCUAGGAGCAUCUUUACCUUCCUGCAGCCAUCAUACACAUACAGUCGCCAGGAAGGUGUGGCGAACAUCCCGAUCAGUCGUGAGAUUAUAGAGGAUGGACGGACACAGGUCACAUACUGCACCCGUGACCUCACUGCCAAAGACAAGAAGGACUAUAUCUCAGUCGAUGGAGAUAUGAGUUAUGGACCAGGGGAAACGCAGAAGAUCGUCCCAGUGAAACUCUUGGAGCUUGGGGAAGGAGACGGACUGCUGGAGGACAAACAGGUCAAACAGUUUGUGCUGGAUCUGAGUAACCCACGGCAAGGGGCUAAACUAGGCCGUUACCCACGAACCACCAUCACCAUCGCUGAUAAACCAGAACCCAGUGUCGUAAUGUUUAAGAAGAGUACUCAAACGUACAAUACAGCCGAUCCUCUAUACUCCAUCCCUGUGGUACGCAAUCGAAACCAGGAGGGUCCGACCACUGUUUACUGGCGCACAAAGAAAGCCUCUCGUUUUGACCUUUCCAGUCCUCUCAAAUUUGCUCCUGGCGAGAUGGAAAAGAAUGUUGUCAUUGAUCCUCGUGCGUAUCCUUCUCCAAUCAUACCUGAGACCUUCCAACUGGAACUAUUCGACCCAAGCAACAGUGCAGUCAUUGGAGAGAGGAAGACUACGCUGGUGAACGUCACCGAUGGUAGAGGGGAUGGGAAAAUCCAGGAUUUCCAAAAAAUGGAAUUUGUUAAUCAGACAGCCACGUCUCCUGGAGGACGCCUCUACUCCCCAACCAACAUCAAAGCUGUCCCUACCGGGCCUAAAAACAUCCGUCUGAACUGGAACCCCUGUACAAACGCCAGUGGUUACAAGGUGAAGUACUGGAUAUAUGGAGAUCCUGAGGCCGAAGCUCAAGUGCUGGAUGUGAAGACUCCUCAAGCCGAGCUGACUAAUCUUUACCCGUACUGCGAUUAUGAGAUGCGUGUAUGUGGCUACAAUGCAUUUGGAGAUGGCAAUUACAGCGAAAUGAUCCAAUGCCAGACUCUGGAGGAUGUACCUGGUGAACCUGGUCGCUUGGCUUUCAAUGUCAUCAGCCCGACUGUCACUCAGGUCAGCUGGGCAGAGCCAGCAGAGACAAAUGGUGUCAUCACUUCAUAUGAGGUCAUCUACAUACCCAUCGACGAGGACAAAAAGCCUUCAGGACCUUCUAAGAAGGUGAUGAUUGAUAACGCCAAAAAGCGCAUGCUGCUCAUCGAGAAUCUGCAGCCUUCUCAGACUUAUUGUUACAAAGUACGUGCUCGCAAUAAGGUGGGCUGGGGCCCAUACAGAGAAGCCACAAUCAACCUGGCAUCACAGCCUACCAGACCCAUGUCAAUUCCCAUCAUUCCCGACAUUCCCAUUGUGGAUGCAGAAGCUGGUGAUGACUAUGACAGCUAUCUGAUGUACAGUAAUGAAGUUCUACGAUCCCCAACGAGUAGCCAGAGGCCUAGCGUCACAGAUCUGUCCGAAGAUCAGUUUGUAAAUGGAAAGUGGGAUCAGAAUUUCCUGUUCCCUGGAGGAGGCAGUUCCCUCUCCCGCAACGUCAGCUCCUCCUCAUCCACGUACAGCCAUUCCACCCCCCGUCCCGCUGUGACCAACCAUAGCAGCUCCACAACGUACAUUUCUGGCAAAGGGGGCUCAGCUACUACACAUAGAUAUGAUCUUAGAGAUGGCGGGCUUCUCAAAGAGGAAGUGAUCCUGAGGAAGCGAUCGGAUAACAGGCAUUACACUGACAGUGAUGGUGUUAGGGAUUCAAUCGUCAUGGGAAACCUUCCUGGAGGAUUUUUGGAUACUUUAGGGGGCUCUAGCUUCAGUCAGAGCACAACUACCAGCUACAGCUUGAGCUCCAGAGCUCGUACUCAGUCUGAAGAUAUCAACGAUGCACUGCUGAACCUGGAUAGUGUUCUUCAGGACUCUCGCUUCAACCCGGGUGUUCCUGAGACUCCCAGCAGACUGGUGUUCUCUGCCCUGGGGCCCACGGCCCUGAAGGUGAGCUGGCAGGAGCCCCAAUGUGAGAGCGGUGUACUGGGUUACUGCGUCCUCUACCAGCUGAUAAAUGGAGGUGACGUAAAGCGAAUUGAGGUGAAUAAUCCUGCUCAGAACUCUGUGGUGGUUCAGGAUCUCCUACCCAACCAUUCCUACAUCUUCAAAGUGAAGGCCCAGAGUCGAGAGGGCUGGGGUCCUGAGAGAGAGGGAGUCAUUACCAUUGAGUCUACCGUCGACCCCAAGAGCCCCCUGAGCCCAAUGCCAGGGUCUCCGUUCACUCUCAGCACUCCCAGCGCUCCAGGACCUCUGAUCUUCACAGCUUUGAGUCCAGACACACUGCAGCUGAGCUGGGAGAAACCACGCAAACCCAAUGGAGACAUACUGGGCUACGUGGUCACCUGUGAACAGCUGCACGGUGGAGGAGAUCUUCGCUCCUUCCAGGUGAAUGGCAACGCUGCGACUUCUUUGACGGUGUCUGACCUGAAAGAAAACAUGCCGUACAAAUUCAAAGUUCAAGCCCAAACCACACAGGGCUUCGGACCGGAGCGAGAGGGCAUCAUCACCAUUGAAUCCCAAGAUGGAGGCGCUAUGUCACAGUACAGCAGUCAUUCAGUCACAAAGAGAGAGGUGUAUAACCUACCAACAGAGAUUACUUCACAAACCAUGUUCUCUGAACCCUUCGUGUCUUCAGACGGUAUGAUGUUGAUGUCGAGCAGGCAGAUCACGGAGUCGGGCGGCACCGUCACACGGCAGGUGGAGAUGGUGCAGAGAGGAGUCGUGUCCAGCAGCACCGUCACAAAGAAGCUGGAGAGGCAGUACUUCGAAGCCUAAUCCAACUUUCUUUUGCCUUCAACAGAAUGUGUAUAUAUACGCUCAAGCGAAACUAAGUUAACUAGAGAAGUUCACCGACCAAUGUGCACAACACAUGGUUUUUAUGUGAGGAUGAGAACAGCUGAGCUCUUGGAUUCCUUGGAUUAAUGCUCAUCAAGACCAAAGUCUUCAAGCUUAAAUAUUUAGUUGAAUGUAAAUACUUAAAAACCUUUUAGUGUUAUCACUUCCAAACAGGUAUUUGGUAAAACUUUUAGCAUCAAACCAUGUUUUCUACAGUGUUUGUGAGAAAUGUUAUUGACGUAUGCACCAUGGGAUAGGUUAUUUGAGCUUGAUUGCUUUAAUUUUAAAAAGGUUUGAAUUUUAGCAGAUUUCAUAUCAUGAUGUUGCUUUCAAGUUGUAUUACAUUUUUUGAGCAUAGAGGUUUUCUAAAUGUAUUUUUCACAUCAAAUGUGACAUGUCUUAUGAUUUAAGGUUUACACUUUAACUCAUUAUUUUCCUUCUUAAUCAAAUUUGACUUGUUAAGGUUAAAAGUGCAUGCAUAUGGACUCAAUUCUUAGGAUUGUAAAUAUGUUACUGAGGUUUGUUUUUUUAUUGCCUUGUUGCAAGAUGUGCUGUUGCAACUUUAGGCCUGCGGCUGUAUUUUAGUUUAGUACAUUACUGGCAAUUCAGAAAAGAUUACCGACAUCACACUUGUGUGCGCUUAACCCCCUCAGACCUGAAUUAUGUUUCAAG